ACGUUGUUGCCCGGGCCUUCCAGAACGUGCGUCAGGACCCCCCCGAGCGUCGCGUUGCCCCGGUGCCACACUUGAGAGGGGUUGCGGAAGUAGGAGACCUGGAUCAUGUGGAGAUUUGGAAACUGAAUCCCCAAAAGGGAAAGUGACUUGCCCAAGAUCACACAGAGACAAUGACUAAACCAGUAAUAGAACGAAGGACUUCUGACCACGAGUCCACGGCUUGCUCCACUCGACACAGAGUUCAAGAAUACUGACCUGGGGUAUUAAUACACUCUGCCCAUCCUCCAAACAUGCACAGGAAAACUUGAACACUCUGUGAUUCCAGAUGAGUAAAAUGAGGCUCAGAAGAAAAGCUGGUGGGGCCACACUCCUAACAGGUGAUGGAGCUAGUAUUCCAACUCAGGUCUGCUCAAAUCUAAAGCCCACACUUUUAACUUCUGCACUGUACUACCUCAAGGUCUCUGGGGCGCAGUGCUCCUAAUUCCCGGAAGAACCAGCAGAGGGUCGCAGGAUGUGCGGGUGGCUGCGGCUGCUGCUGCAGCGGCGGCGCUGACAGGGCACGCGCUCUAUGCCUUUCCGGCUGCUCGUCCCGUUUGGCCUCCUGUGUGCGCUGCUACCCCUGCACCAUGGUGCGCCCGGCCCGGAUGGCACCGCGCCCGACCCCGCCCACUACAGGGCGCGAGUCAAGGCCAUGUUCUACCACGCCUACGACAGCUACCUGGAGAAUGCCUUUCCCUACGACGAGCUGCGACCUCUCACCUGUGACGGGCACGACACCUGGGGCAGUUUUUCUCUGACUCUUAUUGAUGCUCUGGACACCUUGUUGAUUUUGGGGAAUGUCUCAGAAUUCCAAAGAGUGGUUGAAGUGCUCCAGGACAACGUGGACUUUGAUGUUGAUGUGAAUGCCUCUGUGUUUGAAACCAACAUCCGAGUAGUAGGAGGACUUCUGUCUGCUCACCUGCUGUCAAAGAGGGCUGGGGUAGAAGUGGAGGCUGGAUGGCCCUGCUCGGGACCUCUUCUGAGGAUGGCUGAGGAGGCAGCCCGGAAACUCCUCCCAGCCUUUCAGACCCCCACUGGCAUGCCGUAUGGAACGGUGAACCUGCUUCAUGGCGUGAACCCAGGAGAGACUCCUGUCACCUGCACAGCAGGGAUCGGGACCUUCAUCGUGGAAUUUGCCACCCUGAGCAGCCUCACCGGUGACCCUGUGUUUGAAGACGUGGCCAGAGUGGCCCUGAUGCGCCUCUGGGAGAGCCGGUCAGAUAUUGGGCUGGUCGGCAACCACAUCGAUGUGCUCACUGGCAAGUGGGUGGCCCAGGAUGCGGGCAUUGGGGCUGGCGUGGACUCCUACUUUGAGUACCUGGUAAAAGGAGCCAUCCUGCUUCAGGAUAAGAAGCUCAUGGCCAUGUUCCUAGAAUAUAACAAAGCCAUUCGGAAUUACACCCACUUCGAUGACUGGUACCUGUGGGUGCAGAUGUACAAGGGGACUGUGUCCAUGCCAGUCUUCCAGUCUCUGGAGGCCUACUGGCCUGGUCUUCAGACCCUCAUUGGGGACAUUGACAAUGCCAUGAGGACCUUCCUCAACUACUACACCGUCUGGAAGCAGUUUGGGGGGCUCCCGGAAUUCUACAACAUUCCUCAGGGAUAUACAGUGGAGAAGCGAGAGGGUUACCCGCUUCGACCGGAACUCAUUGAGAGCGCCAUGUACCUCUACCGUGCCACGGGGGACCCCACCCUCUUAGAACUCGGAAGAGAUGCUGUGGAAUCCAUCGAAAAAAUCAGCAAGGUGGAAUGUGGAUUUGCCACAAUCAAAGAUCUGCGAGACCACAAGCUUGACAACCGCAUGGAGUCUUUCUUCCUGGCCGAGACCGUGAAAUACCUCUACCUGCUGUUUGACCCGACCAACUUCAUCCACAACAAUGGCUCCACCUUCGAUGCGGUGAUAACCCCCUACGGGGAGUGCAUCCUGGGGGCCGGGGGUUACAUCUUCAACACUGAAGCACACCCCAUUGACCCCGCCGCCCUGCACUGUUGCCGGAGGCUGAAGGAAGAGCAGUGGGAAGUAGAAGAUCUGAUGAGGGAAUUCUACUCUCUCAAACGGAAUAGGUCGAGAUUUCAGAAAAAAACUAUGAGCUCAGGGCCAUGGGAACCCCCAACAGGGCCAGGGACAUUGUCCUCCCCUGAAAACUAUGACCGGGCAAGGGAGAAGAAGCCCACCAAGCAGAAAAUCCCACUUCUCAGCUGCCCUAGUCAGCCCUUUACCUCAAAGUUGGCAUUACUGGGACAGGUUUUCCUAGAUUCCUCAUAACCACUGGAUGAUACUUUGUUUGUUUUUGAAACUAAACUAUAACAAUAAAUCUGCUUUUGAUGAUCA